GCAUCUUGCCUCUCUUAAACCUAACUCCAUCGUUUUUUCCCUCUCCGUUUCGUUGCCACCGGUGAUGAUUCUACGUACGGCACUGAUGGGCACGAGAGUCGCAGAGACUCGGAGCGGAGUUGCGACUCGGCAAGAGCCGAGAGACUCACUUGUGAGAGACGUCGGCGCGUCACGAGGCGCGUCUGCGAGGCCGCGUUUUUCAUUUUCCGUCGUCGGCCGUGUUUCCCGGGGGUGGGUGCUUCCGUACCUGUCGAAGAAUUCACCGAUACUGUUAUCGCACGUGGAUAACAGACUUAGGAGCUCGGCAACAUUUGGUGGCUAUGAGGAGGGGAGGUUGACGGAGUCGGAGGUUGAGGGAAUUCCAAUCUCGGUACUCAACGAGAUCUCGGCGUUCGUACCGACUUCGAAAGGAGAGCGGCGACCGUCGGAGGAAAGAAAAAAAUACCCCCGUCGACUUGCACGCAGCCAGGAACUAUUAUCUUCACAUAUGAAUUAAUAAGUUCUCAAACCAUUUGUCACCUGAUUUAGCACCGUUACAAACAAUUCACAGAGACAGAAGUAGAAAAAAGAAACGAUAAAAUGCUUUAUACUCAUUAUUGGCAUGUGGCCCUCGCAGCUGUAAUUGUUAUACUUACUAUUUUAGCAGGAUCUGUAAAUUCUCAAUAUGGACCAAGAGACAAGGUACCAUCCAGAGGAUUGCAUGCGAAGAGACCGCACCCCUGCGAGCAGAGCUCGUGUUAUCCCGCAACCGGAAACCUACUGAUCGGCCGUAAGGACAAAUUGAACGCUUCGUCGACGUGCGGUCUCAGAGGCCCCGAGAGGUUUUGCAUUGUUUCUCACCUUAAGGAAAGAAAAAAGUGCUUCUUCUGCGAUGCAUCGAUACCUAAACAGCAGCAUAACAUUGAGAACAUCGUCAGCGGGUAAGACUGGACUUUAAUACUGCUAUAUUUUAGGGUGUUGCCACGAAAUUUGGAAAUCGACAAUCCUUAUUCGAAAGAAGUGCAGAAUCUAUUAAAGAUUACCAAUCUUAGAAUUAUCAUGAUGAGACUCCACACUCUGGGCGAUGAUCUGCUCGACGAUCGGCCUGAGAUUCGCGAGAAAUAUUAUUACGCCAUCCAAGAUAUGGUGAUUCGUGGCUCGUGUUCCUGUUACGGACACGCCUCUAGAUGUUUACCAUUACCAGGAGUCGCCGACGAAGAGAAUAUGGUCCAUGGCAGAUGCGAGUGUACGCACAACACCAAAGGCCUCAACUGCGAAAAAUGCGAGGACUUCUACAACGAUCUACCAUGGAAGCCCGCAGUUGGCAAACAAACGAAUGCCUGUAGACCCUGCAAUUGCAACAAUCAUACCAAUUCCUGCCACUUUGAUGAAACGGUUUACGAAAGAUCGGGCAGAGUGUCCGGUGGUGUCUGCGACGACUGCCAGCACAAUACGCGAGGGCAAAAUUGUGAACAGUGCAAGCCAUUCUAUUAUCACGACGUAACGAAAGACAUCUCUGAUAAGGAUGCUUGUCAACCCUGCGAUUGUGACUUGGGCGGAUCCUUGGAUGAUGGUAUAUGCGACUCGAGAACUGUUCUAAGCGGUGACGAGUCCGGACGCUGUCACUGCAAAGCGAAUGUUGAAGGACGCCGCUGUGAUCGCUGCAAAAAUGGCUUCUGGAUUUUUAAUCCUAACAGUCUCGAAGGAUGUCAAGCCUGCACCUGUAACACCUUGGGUACCAUCGACAAUCAAGGCUGCAACGUGGUUACCGGGGAGUGUACGUGUAAACGAUAUGUCACAGCACGCGAUUGCAAUCAGUGCUUGCCGGAAUAUUGGGGAUUGUCCGAGGACCGCGAUGGAUGCAAACCGUGCGAUUGCGACCCUGGUGGCUCCUACGAAAAUUCUUGCGAUGUCAUCACCGGUCAGUGCAGAUGUAGGCCGCAUGUCAGCGGGAGAACUUGCAAUCAGCCAGAGCAGAGUUACUAUACCGGCUCGCUAGACUUUCUCAUUUAUGAGGGAGAGUUGUCCAGAGCUACUGACAAUUGUCAAGUAGUGAUCAGAGAACCCUAUCGCGAUGGUAGGAAUAGCACAUGGACUGGCACAGGUUUCAUGAAAGCCAUCGAAGGUUCAAUGUUGAAUUUCACCAUCGAUGACAUUCGCAGAUCGAUGUGGUACGAUGUCAUCAUACGAUACGAGCCAGUGCAGCCGGGUGUUUGGGAAGACGUGCAGGUUAUUCUUGAGAGAGAUAGUCCACCGGAUCCUACAGGACCAUGUACUGAUUGGAGACCCGAAUAUGAUCGUUUGUGGGCUCAAUUACCUUUGCGUUCAAAAAGCGCCAUAGCGCAACCGUCUAUAUGUCUAGAAACAGGGAAGCGAUACAAUCUUCUGUUGCAAUUCCGCAAGUUCAACAGCCACGUGGACACACCUUCGGCCUCCAUCUUGGUUGAUUCGGUUGUUCUAAAGCCGAGAAUAGACGUGAUACCCUUCUUCAAGACGCCGGGUCUGGGUGAAUUGCGUCGCCAAGAAUACGAACAUUAUCAUUGUAAUGAAUUGUUCAACGACGUCAACAGUGUAUGGAGUAAUAUACCUGAGAUCUGUAGAAAGUACCAGAAUAGUAUUGGCUAUUACGUCUUCAAUGGUGCUCAUUCCUGCGAGUGUAACCCGACAGGCUCUCGUAGUCUUCUAUGCGAGCACUACGGUGGAAUGUGUCCGUGCAAAGCAAAUGUGGUUGGCAGACGUUGCGAUCGUUGCGCACCAGGAACCUAUGGAUUUGGUCCUGAGGGAUGCAUCCCUUGCGACUGCGACGGAGUCGGCGCCCUCGACAAUUUCUGCGACGUCGAAACUGGCCGUUGUAAGUGUCGACCCAACACUUACGGCAGGACCUGCGGUCAGUGCGAGCCUGGCUUCUGGAACUUUCCACACUGCCAGCGUUGCGAAUGCCACGGGCACGCGGAUAAUUGUGAUUCGAGAACCGGAGCCUGCAUCAAUUGUCGAGAUUUCACCACCGGACACAAUUGCGACCGUUGCGUCGAUGACUUCUAUGGUGAUCCGCGGAUUGGCGCAGAUAUACCUUGUAGAGCAUGUCCUUGUCCAGGCACACGUGAAUCUGGGCAUUCUUAUGCCAACAGCUGUUCAUUAGACUCACUAACGCAGGAUGUAGUGUGCGAAUGUUUCGAAGGAUAUUCUGGACCUCGUUGUGAGCACUGCGCCGAGAAUUAUUUCGGCAACCCGGAGGUGCCAGGUGGUAGCUGUCAAUUCUGCAACUGCAACAACAACACGGAUUUACGUCGCGCCGGUAAUUGCGAUCCAUACACCGGUCAUUGUCUUCAAUGUCUCUUCAACACCGAUGGUCCCACUUGUGGAGUGUGCAAACCAGGAUUCUAUGGAGAUGCUUUGCGACAGGAUUGUCAAGACUGCGGAUGUAACGUUCUAGGCACUGAUAAGGCUGCCGGACCAUGCGACCAUCGUACCGGACAAUGUCCAUGUCUACCACACGUCAUAGGACAACUCUGCGAUUCUUGCGAGGAAAAUCAUUGGAGAAUUGCUAGCGGAGAAGGCUGCGAUCCUUGCGAGUGCGAUGCAGUUGGAAGUGUUUCAGAUAGAUGCAAUCCAUACGAUGGCACUUGCGAAUGCAGGCCAGGAUUCGGUGGCAGACGAUGCAACGAGUGUCAGACAAACUUCUGGGGCAAUCCGAAUGUGGAAUGUUACCCGUGCGAAUGCGAUAUAAUUGGCUCUGCAAGCCAGCAAUGCAACAGGGAUAGUGGUAUAUGUAUUUGUCAUAAGGGUAUUGGCGGCGAAAAAUGCGAUCAGUGCGACCGUGGUUAUCAUGGCGAGGCACCGCAGUGCAGCCCGUGCGGUGAAUGUUUCGACAAUUGGGAUUUUAUAUUGGACGGUCUUAGGAACAAAACAAACGCAGUUAUUCAAGAAGCUUCAAGGAUACAAAAAGUCGGCACGACUGGCGUAUACAGCCAGGAAUUUGACGAUAUGGAGAAAUCCUUAAAUGAGGUGCGAGACUUGAUCAGCAACACUACUAUUCGUAGCCAAGAUCUAGACGCAUUGGAUAAUUUGGCCAAUGAGUUGGCGAACAAUAUUUCGAAAUCAGCCAAACAGUUGGAGGAGGCAAAUAAUCACUUGGACAAUCUCAACCAACGAGUGAAUCUUGGUGAUGUCGCGUUGAAGAAAUUGAGGAACAGAACGGACAGCUUGCACGAAGCCGCCGCCGAUUUGCGGGAAAAUGCUACUAGAUUACAAGAGGAGAAUGUUCUGGGCGCUCUGAACGUGACUCAGCAAAUGGCUGAACAGUCUAGGCAGGCUGAAAAAAUGGCAAACGACACCACUAAUGUUUUGGCCGACGCGGAACGAUUCCGCAAACAUACCGAAAAUCUCUUGGCGAAGAACCGUGCCUCCGUGGAUGAGGCUCAAGAGAGGAAUAAAGGAUCGUUGAUGAAUUUGAAUGAGAAAUUGAAAAUGUUCAGUAUGGCGAUACCUGAACUCAAUCUGCGAAUGUGCGGCGAUAACGUAACGGAUUGUAGUACCGUCUGCGGUGGUGCGGGUUGUGGCUUCUGCGGAGGAUUAUCUUGCGAGGAAGGUGCGGUCAGCAAGGCCAAUCAAGCUCUAGAUGUUGCCAAGCAGCAGACUGCCAAGAUCAAAAGUCACAAGGAUGAAGCAGAACAACUAUUACGAAAUAUGAGCCAAAUCAAGCAAGAUGCCACAGCAGCGAGAUCCAAUGCUCAAGACGCCUUCAAUUACGCAUGGGAGGCACGCAAUCGCUCCGACAAGAUUACUAAAGAGCUCUCGGACAUAACCAAGCGAAUCUGGAGCACUUUAGAUGAAGAUCAACCCACACCGGCUAUGGUGAGAGACCUCGCACAGGAAGUGCUCGCGAAAAACAUCCAGCUGGAACCAGAUGAAAUUACGCGACUCGCCGAUCGUAUCAAGAGUAUCGUAGGCUCUCUCACUGAUUCCGAAAAGAUUCUGGCCGAUACCAAGGAAGAUCUACAGUUGGCGCAUGAUCUAGAGGUACGUGCCAAUCGCACGAAGGAGGCAGCCAUCGAGAAGCAAGUUUUAGCGAACAAGGUGAUCCUGCUGUUAAAUGACGCGCAAAGGGCGCAACAUCUGGCGCAGGACGCGAUCGACAAGGCGGAAGGUGACGUGUUGAAGUCGCAAAAGGAUCUCGCAGACAUCGCCGACGUGACGAAAACCGCCCAGAUUCAAGCUAACAGCACCACUCAAUCGGUGGAGGCACUGGACGCUCGUUUGAAGCAACUCCAGACACAGUCGGCAAAGAACGCCUUUAUCCUGGCGGAAAUUGGCACGGAGGCCAAGAAGGUUGCCGACGAAGCACAGGUGAUCGAGCAGACGAAGAAAUUAUCAGAAGAAUAUAAAAGAGCGGACGAAUCACUGAAUCAGCGAGUGAACAAAAGUAAAGGCGAUAUUCAACGUGCAAAGAGAUUAUUGCAGCGUGCCUCCGAGCUGACAGCAGACACAUCGACCAAGUCCAAGGAUCUGGACGGUAUGGAGAGCGUCUACAAAGACAAUGAACGACUACUAACAGAUCUGAUGAGUGACGUAGAUGCGCUGACGAUGGAAAUGGAAAAAUAUCUGAUGGAGAUCGAGAAGAAGUCGCAGUUGUAUAGACAGUGUUCCGCCUAAAUUCAUCGCAAUUAGUUAGGAAGUUACGUAUUUUUCACUCGCGAAUUUUAUAUCCGCAAAAUACGAUACGUAUCGAUAACCUCGGUAAUUUUUUUCCGUUAUUACAUUUGACACAGAUAUUUGCGCGGUAGAAUCUCUUGCUCCAUAGACGAUAUCCCUUUCCAGGGUAUAUCUCAUUACCGCAUUUAAUUGCGAGAUUGCGUUAAAUCUUGAUAAGAUCGGUGCUUUAUAUUUGUGCAAUAGCCGUGAGUUUUACCUUGAUUUAUAGGAAAUAGAUAUAUAUACACAUACGUAUUUACGUAUUGCAUAUAUAUAUAUAUAUAAAUUUGGCAUUCGCAAUUUAUUCUGCAAAAUAUUGCGAAAGCGAAGAGAUUAUUGUUAGUGCCAUAAAUAGAGGGGCCAUUAGUAGCUGUAACUGAAGAAGAUUUGUACGUACGGUUAAAAUAUCGCUUCUCGAAACAAGACACUAUCCUUUCUAGCUUCUAAGCUUUGCUAAAUUUUCUCUAAUCUCUUUUUGCUACUUUUUUAUUAUUUUUA